CGUCUCCGGGCAGGCCCGGUGCCCCCUCCUGCCGCCGCCCGCGGAGCUGCCUGGGCUGCAGACGCCCUGGUGGACAUCUCGGGGGCAGACGUUAUAGGGCAAACUAAAAAUAACCCGGCAGGCCGGCCGCCGGGGCGGAGGGGGCAUGUGUUGGGCGUGGACACUUGAUCCGAGGGACCCAGCUGAGUGCAGCUAAGACAACUCGGCGACCGUGCACACUUGGGUUCCCACUGCUGCCCCAGAGGGGUCCCUCGCCCGGUGUCUGCGAGGUCGCUCCCCUUGGAGGAAAUGCCUUUCGCCAGCCUGGGGAGGGGCAGCCGCCGAGGAAGGAAGGUCGUCUGGGCUCUGAGCUUCCUGCUACUUCUCCUGGAAGCCAGUUCUGCUAAGAAUGUCUGGAAACGGGCAUUGCCUGCACGGCUGGCCGAGAAAUCGCGAGCCGAGGAAGUGAGCGGCCCCCGACAGCCCCGCGCAGACCGCUGCCCGCCACCCCCGCGGAUGCUGCCCCCCGGCGCCUGCCAGGCCAAGCGGUGCCAGGCGGACUCCCAGUGCCCGCGCCACCGGCGCUGCUGCAACAACGGCUGCGGGUACGCCUGCCUGGAGGCCGUGCCGCCCCCUCCAGUUUUAGACUGGCUGGUGCAGCCGAAACCUCGAUGGCUUGGUGGCAAUGGCUGGCUGCUGGAUGGCCCUGAGGAGGUAUUGCAAGCAGAGGCCUGUAGCACCACAGAGGAUGGGGCGGAGCCACUGCUGUGUCCCUCUGGCUAUGAGUGCCACAUCCUGAGCCCCGGUGACGUGGCUGAGGGCGUCCCCAACCGAGGACAGUGCGUCAAGCAGCGACGGCAAGCAGUUCUGAGCCUCAGUUUCCUCAUCUGUAAAAUGGGGUACUUGAUGCUGCAUGGAGAUUGAUUGGAACCACAUGUGCAACGCCCUCAGGACUGAGCAGAGUGGCUGGUGGUCAGCCAACACUGGCUGUUUCAUCUCUGUCCAUGCACACACGUAACAAUUUUUCAAUGGAAGUGCAAAAGUGAUACACAGUCAGGAGGAACCACAUGUCAACCCACACAGCCAUUCUGUUUUUCCCUCUCCAUAGAGUAGUCAGUAAAUUGCAUGAGCUAUUCAGCACUUCAUUAUAAAAUCAGCAUUGUGUUAGAUGAUUUUGCCCAGCUGCAGGCUGGAGUACGUCUGCUGAGCACCUUGGAGGUAGGCGAGGCCCACAUCCAAGCUACGAUGUCAGGGGGUUAGGUAUAUUUAAUGAAUUUUUUACUUAAUAGUACUUUGGACUUCAUAUGAGCCUAUCAGGAGUAACUGACUGUAAGCUGCGGAGCGUCCAGAUCUAUCUUAACCGCACACAUAGAUUUGCAUUGUUGAGAAUCCUUCAUUUCCCAGGACUCCUGCCAGGACUAUUCAGUUCCACUAAAUUAGUGUUCGUCUCCUUAGCAGAGGAGAUAAAUAAUGAAUGGGUUGCAUCACUUUCGUUUGCGUGGUUUUCCAAGGAGACGGUAAGGACCGCAUGGCAAGCACUGGUAACAUCUGAAACCCUCCCGUGCCUCACGCAAGGCCUAAGGGGGAGAGAUCUCCACCCAGGUUCCGUCGUGGAGUUUGAAAGACAUCUGUGACCCUCUACGUUUUGCCAUGUCAGACGGAGACCACACAACCAGGAACCCAUGUCCUCAUUUCUGAAUCUCUUGUCCCUAAUAGCCACUCUGCUAAGAGUGAUGAUAACUGGCGGCGCCUGUGCUCAGUGGUUAGGGUGCCAGCCACAUACACCAAGGCUGGUGGGUUCCAACCUGGCCCCAGCCAGCUAAAGUAACAAUGACAACUACAAUAAAAAAAAAAAUAGCCAGGCGUUGUGCCUGCAGUCCCAGCUACUGGAAAGCUGCAGUAAGAGAAUCGCUUAAGCCCAAGAGUUUGUUUGAGGUUGCUGUGAGCUGUGACGCCCUGGCACUCUACCAAGGGUAAGAUAGUGAGAUUCUGUCUAAAAAAAAAAAGUGAUGAUAACUACUGUGACGCUGUUUGCUAAAAGUAUAUCUAGAGGAGCAUGGCCUGGUAAAACUUACAUUUUUCUGAUUUGAGAAUUUAUUUCUUUGCAGCUUUUCAAGAAAGGCACAGACAUAAAAUCAGUUACCCAUUUAACAUCAUUACCAUCACAAAUAUAAUUAUGAGAUAUUAAAACUGUCUUGAGAAUCCUUAACUUUUUUUUUUACUUUGAGACAGUGUCUCACUCUGUUGCUCAGGCUAGAGUGCUGUGGCAUCACAGCUCACAUCAACCUCAAACUCCUGGGCUCAAGCCAUCCCCCUGCCUCUGCCUCCUCAGCUGGGACUCUAGGCGCCUACCAUAAUACCUGGCUAGUUUUUCUAUUAUUGGUAGAGACAGAGUCUUGCUCUUGCUCAGGCUGGUCUCAAACUCCUGAGCUCCAGGGACCCACCCAGCUCGAUCUCCCAGAAUGCUGGAAUUACAGGCAUGAGCCACUGUGCCCAGCCAAGAAUCUUGAACUUUUGAAAAAUGGUCUAUAAAACAAUAUGAACUCAAUGGAUGCCUUUAUGAUUUCUUCUCUGUUCCACUUGCUAUUUGCAGUUUGGGGUGGGCUCCCCAGGCUCCCUGGCUUCCCAGGGCUGUGUGGGUAAAUAACCUCUAACCUUUUCAUGGCUCUCAAGCCAAUAAUAAUUGAGCCACUUUGUAGGACUCUUGAGGAAUAAAUGAAUUCAUCCAUGUGGACCGUGUCUGUCAUUUCACAAGCACAGAACAGAAUCUAGAAUCUUUGAUGCUUCAUCACUGCUUGUGUCUAGACACCCAAACCUGCCAUAGGUGGGUGGGGGGUGCAGAGCCCUGAGGGCUGGCCAGCCUGCCAGCGCCCACUGGAAGGUGGAAGGGAUAGACUUUUCCAAAACAGAGCCAUGGGUGAGUUAGGAUCUCUGGACUACACUGUCACUCAUAGCCUGGGAAAGGCCGCCACCUGCUUUGCCUUUUCUCAUCCCCUGAUCUUUCAUUUACUUAUAUGACCUCAAAUGCCUGGGUGAGCCAAACAAGUUCAAAGCAGUUCUUAAAGGUCUGAGCCAGUUAAAAAAGACCCAUUUCAAGAAUGGAGCUGAACAAAGCGAUCACUGAACAAUGGCCGUGCUGACGGGGCCGACGACUACCAGCAGCCCAUGGGCCUUCUCUCUGUUGCAAGCAGAAAACAGCAGAGGUGGAGCUGGGGCAGCUCUGUGCAGGUUGAACCACAGACACAGAUUCCAAGCCUGCAGCUGGCUUCCUGGGUGGCCUUGGACGGGUCACCUUGCCUUUCUUAGCUUCAGUUUCCUCAUCUGUAGAAUGGAGGUGAUGAUGGAAACCAUAGUAGCUGCAUCAUGGGGUAGUUGCGAGGCUUCCUGUGAAAUGCGGUGCUGCUUGGCAGGUCCUCCGUGGACGUGCACCACGGUCCUGUCUCAGGAAGAGAGGACUUGAGUUCAGGAUCUGGCCCAGACCCUGAACGGGGCUUACCGAGGAGCAGAGCUGGAAUUGCAGGUCUGUCCACAGGCUCAGAGCCGUGUGUGUGAGUGUGUGUGUGUGUCUAUGUUUGUAUACAUGAGUGUAUAUGUGUGUACGUGUGUAUGAGUAUCUGUAGUGUGAGUGUGUGUGUGUGAGUGGGUGUGCAUAUGUGUGUGCGAGAGCUCCCCUCCCACAGGAAUGACUGGAGCCCUCUCAGUGGAAAGCAAGUGGAAUUUACCCUCACCUGGUCCUAAGAGUCUGUCACUUAGCAAUAAUUGUUGGUAAUUUAUUGCUAACUAUCCGUAGCCUUGGAAACAUCUUGAA